UGGUGAAGCAGUUUUAUAGUAAAUACUCAUUUUCCGCAGAAAUACGCCAUAUUUUUACUAAUUUCUGAGUUUGGAAUUGUACAUUAAUGUCAACGGGUAGAUAUUGCCUGUGAGUAUUACGUUUCUUUCCUUCUUAGAGCGAGAACAUGCCGCAUUUAUCUCUUCCGUCUUAUGAAACGGCAUGAGGUACUUGUGUACCUCCUUACAGCCCAUUGGCUGAACUGUAAGCGACUCUGGAUUCUCCCUCAUCCUGAUUGGUGUGCUGCAAUCAUGUGAUUGGUGAAUGACGACAGUGACGCUGCAAAUACAUAACUGAAACACAACACUGUCAUGAUCCUAUGUGGACUUAAAGUGUGACUUACAUGGCAGGACCAGUCGGCUCUGGCCACUUUCUUUCCAAAUGACCGUGGUUGUGUAGCUCACCCUUGCCAAGAAGGUCCACUGUCCUCAUUUGGCUCACCGACGACCGACUGCAGUUAACGUUACUAAUUGACUGUAUUGUCAUAAUACAGUCCCUUUCAACCGGACAGCGGCUUCAGCGGCUUAGUUAUUGCUACUAGUUUUGAAGAGGUUCUCUUCCCUUUCUCUCUCCCUCUGUCCCGCGCCCGGGGCCUGGAUGCUGCAGGCACUGCCCAGGUUCAGUAGUGCAGUGGUGAGAGUGAGGAGGAUCGGGGCUCAAGUCGCCGCCAUGGCCCUCAACCACCAGAGCAGCAGUGCCUCCUCCAAGGACCAGGGCGGUGUCGUCACAGCGGCCAUCCUCAUCAUUGGUGAUGAGAUCCUGAAGGGUCACACAGUGGACACCAACAGUGCCUUCCUGUGCCGCAACUUACGCAAGCUGGGCGUGUGCGUGCAGCGAAUCACCGUGGUGCCCGACGUACAGGAGGUCAUCGCCAAGGAGGUAGCCGCCCUGGCGCCGACGGUCACGCACCUCAUCACGUCCGGCGGCAUCGGCCCCACCCACGACGACGUGACCUUCGAGAGCGUGGCGCUGGCGUUUGGCGAGGGCCUGGCGCCGCAUCCGGAGCUGGCGCAGCUGGUGGAGGAGUUCUUCGGCGCGUCGGACCCCAGCUCGCCCACCAUGAAGCUGGCCGUGAUCCCCGAGUCGGCGCAGCUCAACUACGGCACCGACCCGCAGACGGGCCAGCGCAUGCGCUACCCGCUGGUGAGCGUGCGCAACGUCUUCAUCUUCCCCGGCAUCCCGUCACUGCUCGAGCGCGCCUUCCACGGCCUCUCGCACCUCUUCGCCGGCUCGGGCACCACCUUCCACACGCGCGAGGUGUUUGUGGACGCCGACGAGACGGAGAUCGCGCCCGUGCUCACCAAGCUCCAGAAGGGCUGGGGCAAGCGUGUGGCGCUGGGCUCCUACCCGGACUGGCUCAGCAACUACCACCGCGUGCGGCUGGUGCUGGACUCGGACAGCCUGGAGGAGGUGGAGAAGGCCAGGGGGCAGCUCGUGGAGGACCUGCCCCCUGGCAGCGUAGUUCCGCUGGUCAAGGACCCGGUCUCCAUCGCCCCCCUGGAGGUCUACAUGCUGGCCAACAGUGGCUCCGAUCUGGGCAAUAAAGUGGCGUCGGCUUUGAAGACCAUCGAGACCGCGCUGGACCAGUACACGGUCAAUGACACCUGUGUGGGCUUCAACGGAGGCAAAGACUGCACCGUCCUUCUACACCUCUUUUAUGCUGCUGUCCUACGACGUUAUCCUGAGGGUAAGGAAAAAGUGAAGUCUCUGUACAUCAGGAUUGUUUCUCCGUUCCCUGAGAUGGAAAGAUUUCUUCAAGAUACGAUAAAGAGAUACGACCUGGACCUGAUCUCGGUGGAGGGCAGUAUUCGGCAGGCCCUGAGCGAGGUGCAGCAGAGACGCCCGGAGCUGAGGGCCGUGCUGAUGGGCACGCGCCGCAGUGACCCCUACUCACACACGCUCACGCCCCUGUGCCCCACCGACCCCGGAUGGCCAGACUACAUGAGGGUCAACCCGCUGCUGGACUGGACGUAUCAUGAUAUCUGGUCAUUCUUGAGGACGCUCUACGUGCCGUACUGUAUUCUGUAUGAUAAAGGGUACACCUCAUUGGGUAGCAUGGACAACACCUCCAGGAAUGUUUCGCUGAAGACGGUGGACGACCGGGGCAUCACCCGCUAUAAGCCCGCCUAUCACCUGGAAAACGAGGAAGAGGAGCGUAACUCCAGAGCCUGAGGUCAUCCCUCCCUCGGUCCCACACAACUGUAGCCUCCCGACAUCCAUCCACCCAUUCACCCGCCCAACCAAACAAUCAACCAAUCAACCAAUCAACCAGCAAAGGUCAACUGAAUGUGAUGGACAGAACAAAGACGCAAAGUUGAAAGAAGACUGAACAGGGCAUUGUAGAUGCGGUGUGUGUGUGUGUGUGUGUGUGUCUGUCUGUCUGUCUGUCUGUCUGUCUGUCUGUCUGUCUGUCUGUCUGUCUGUGUGUGUGUGUGUGUGUGUGUGUGUGUGUGUGUCAAUCAAAUGUGUGUGUGUGUGUAACUAUCGUGUCCAUGCUUGUGUGCGUCUGUGUGUAUGCGUCUCUAUGUGUGUGGCUCAAUGAAGGGUUGUUGCUAUGAUUUCCAUGAAUAUCAUGGUUUAUAAUAAAAAAGACUUGAAUUUGC